GCGCGCCGUGCGGCGGGCGGCGGCGGGGGCGGCGGCCUGGCCCCUGGGCGGGAGCGCGAGGCGCCUGAGCCGGGAGCAGAGCGGGGCCGGAGAGGCGCCCAGCAUGGAUGCCAAGCCCAGGAAAACAACCCAAAUCCCCAAGUUAUACACGAAAACAGGAGACCAAGGGUUUUCCAGCACAUUCACUGGAGAGAGGAGAGCAAAAGAUGACCAGAUCUUUGAUGCCCUGGGAACACUCGAUGAACUGAGUUCAGCCAUAGGGCUAAGUGCUGAAUUCGGCAGUGAAGGAGGCCACUCGUUUGUGCAGGAACUUCACCAGGUCCAGUGUGUGCUGCAGGAUGCCGGCUCCAACGUGGCAACUCCCAUAUCCUCAGCCAGGGAGUCACAUUUAAAGCGAACGUCGUUCAGUGAAAAGCCCAUUCUGGAGCUGGAGGCCUGGAUCGAUCACUACUCUGAGCAGCUUCCACCACUCACAGCUUUCAUUUUACCUUCUGGCGGCAAAAGCAGCACUGCUCUCCAUCUCUCCAGAGCCAUCUGCCGCCGAGCCGAGAGGUGUGUGAUUCCUUUGGUGAAAAUGGGAGAAGCAGAUGCAGACGUGGCCAAGUUUUUGAACAGACUGAGCGACUACUUAUUUGUUCUUGCCCGCUAUGCUGCAAUGAAGGAAGGGAAGCAGGAGAAGAUCUACACCAGAACGGAGUAGGGAGCAGAGGCCCUCUGAUGCAAGAGGUGGACUGCCAGGCUUUCAGACAGAGGACUGGACAAGAUGGAAGAUUGCUUGCAGUUUCAAACUGAGCUCUUGAAAUCUACUCCGGAAAGCUUAUUUAAAGCUUGCGGCUCCAGUCUUGCUCCAUUUUGAGACCAGCUUGCUAAGAGAACUUGGAGCGUUCACUAUGAAUAGACUUCAGCUGCAUUUAUUGACAUGUGCUGAUAAAAGGAGAGGGGAGAAGCACAUGCCACGCCUGAUGUGUUGCAGAGCCCUUCUCCGCAAGAGGUGUUCUGUUGCCAGAGGCACUUGGCGCUUUGGCUCAGAUUGACUUGCAGACCACAGCCUCUGUUACACUUCCUUGUCCUCUUUUUCUUUUUGAGGUCAUCAUUGAAUCCAUCAACACUUUGGCAGGAGACGCAGCAUCUCAAGCACAGCAAAGUUCUGCCAUUGUAACCUUUGUGCAGAGAGAUCCUGGAAACGGCUAUUGAGAGGAGGAAGGCAGCAGUGGGCAUCACCAGAUGGGAGCUUUGGGAUGCAGCUCAGCUGCCAGAGGGCUUCUGCUUUUUCCCUUUUGUCAGCAGGACUCCCAAUUUUUCAUUUGCCUCUCAGUGGCUGCCAUUUAACAUACCCGACCCUUCCUCUUCAGGGUCUGUUGAACUGUUCAGAGACAUACCUCCGCUUCAGUCAUGGGAGUCUCUGUUGUACGUUUCCUCACACUGCUGUAGGUUUCUUUGAAACAGAAGCCAAUUUUUACGAAGUGGGGAGGGAGAAACCCACCUCCCUAUGACUAUAUUGAACCAAUCUGUCAAGUUUAUUUCCAACAUGGAGAAUAUGCUGUAAAAUGCUAGGAUACAGGAGGGCCAAGAUAAAAUAUUUUAUUAAUCUC